AUGUCAGAAGCUUCAAAUAUUCCAAAGUUUACUGUCAAUCUUUCUCAGCCACCGGAAGAUCGCUACAACCAUAUCAUUCCUCAUUUCCAACAAUCUAUCGACUCAUGUAACUUGAGUUGGCUUUAUUGGAUACUACUCAUGGAUUUGGCGGGCUCAUCCAUAGGAAAUCACAUUGCUACUGUAUCGCGAUACAUUCUGCGCCGCGUCUAUUCCAAUGAAGAAACGGCCGAGUUGGCUGGGAUUUCAAAAGGCAUGAAUAUGCCUAUGCACAUCCUUGUCGCCUUCAACGUUCUCUUAGAUCUUUUGUUGGGAUGCACAAGCGGGGGUGUUCGUACUUUCGACUCGCCAAUUUCAAAGGGAAGAACUCGAAUGUUGCAUUUUCGUACCCUGGACUGGGGUAUGGAAAGUCUUCGACAUAUCGUUGUUGAGCUCGAUUUUGUUCGUCAUGCUGGAGGGCCUGUUGUCGCAACAGCCAUCACUUAUCUUGGUUAUGUUGGGGUACUGACAGGUGUCAGAAAAGGCCUGAGCAUAAGCUUGAAUUUUCGACCGUGUCACGCAAGAGAGACAAUCCGGCAAAGACUGUCUUUUAGGUGGAAUCAGGCCAUGGUAGUUCUUGGCCACAGACAAUCUAUAUCGAGCGCCUUGAGAGAUAUCCUACUGGAUGAAUCUGCAGAAGCCGAUAAUAAGACCGAAACAUCCAGAGACUUUACGGACACGGCAGCACAAGGUGUUUCAGAUGAGUACGUACAAAGGAUUUUAAGCAGGCUCUCUACUUCUAAAUCAAGCGCGGCAUACCUCAUCCUCUGUCAACCAGAACGCGUAUUCUUAGUAGAAAAGGACAACAAAGCAGCUAACAUACGCGACUCGGACACAUUUUUGACUGCUUGUAACCAUGAUAUGAAGCAUGAAGAUGAUCCUUCACUUCUCCGCGAAGCUGCCGCUGAGUUGGAACAGGCUGAUGACGCACUCGGUAUGGCAGACCUAGUAGGUCUAUCUGUGGACAGAAAGAGGCACUUGGAAGGCCUAUGGAGGGAAAGAACCUCUGCAUGUCAAAGGAGGUACAAGCAAGAAAGGGAUGUUGUGACCCAGCGCGAUGUCAUCAAGUUUCUGAAGGACGAUGAGAUCAAGAAUGAGGAAACGCACUACGCGGUCAUAAUGGAUCCAAAGGAUGGAACGAUAACCUGGAGAAAAAAGUAUGAGGUAGAGGAGUCAAGUUCCGACUGA